AUGUGGGUGGAGUCUUUGAAGGCAUUCGUAAAGGAUGUGCAUGAAGAUUCUAUAACAGUUGCAUUUGAGAACAACUGGCAGCCAGAGAGACAAAUACCAUUCCACGAUGUGAGGUUUCCGCCACCGGCAGGCUAUAAUAAAGAUAUCAAUGAAAGUGAUGAAGUAGAGGUUUAUUCCAGAGCAAAUGAAAAAGAGCCCUGCUGUUGGUGGUUGGCUAAAGUGAGAAUGAUAAAGGGUGAGUUCUACGUAAUAGAAUACGCAGCCUGUGAUGCUACGUACAAUGAAAUUGUCACAAUUGAGCGUUUGAGAUCUGUGAACCCCAAUAAACCCGCAACAAAAGAUACUUUCCAUAAAAUCAAACUGGCAGUUCCAGAAGACUUACGGCAAAUGUGUGCCAAAGAAUCUGCACAUAAGGACUUCAAAAAGGCAGUUGGAGCUUUUUCUGUAACGUAUGAUGCUGAAAACCACCAGCUUAUUAUUUUGUCAAUCAAUGAUGUAACAACAAAGCGAGCAAAUAUGCUGAUUGAUAUGCACUUUCGAAGUCUUCGCACCAAGUUAUCCCUGAUACUGAGAAAUGAAGAAGCUAGCAAACAGCUGGAGAGUUCUAGACAACUUGCAUCACGAUUUCACGAGCAGUUUGUUGUACGUGAAGACCUAAUGGGUUUGGCCAUUGGCACUCAUGGUGCUAAUAUUCAGCAAGCCAGAAAAGUCCCUGGAGUGACUGCUAUUGAUCUGGAUGAAGAUACUUGCACAUUCCAUAUUUAUGGAGAGGAUCAAGAUGCGGUGAAAAAGGCAAGAAGUUACCUUGAAUUUGCUGAAGAUGUUAUACAAGUCCCAAGAAAUUUAGUAGGUAUGUCGAUUCUGGAAGCUAACUGUGUGAUA